GCAUGCUUCAUCCCCUUCUACACCACCUCACCGACAGGCCUGAGCGCAAACUGUUUUCCGCCGGCCUGCACAUCUGGAUGUUUGAACAUCUGCACACAGGGAUGCGUUUUGCAUCAGACGUCCUGCUCGGAUCUCUAGCGUGUUCUACAGCUGUGUCAGGCUUCAGGACACAGGAGGUGAUCAGCCACUGAUUUCUGACUGGGAUCUGGACUGCUGCGGUACCGAUCCGGUGUGGAUGAUGCUGAUGCGGGAAACGGAAGUGAACGCGCCUGUCCUCCGGCAGACUUGUUUACAGAAGUAAAGAAUGAAAUGACGGAUUGCCUUCCCGUCAGCUGACCGGAAUGUAACUGAUGAUUGACUGUUAUAUCGAUGCAUCCUUUCCAUUCUUCAUGACUGGCAUGCAUGGUUUGGGUUUGGCGUAUUGUUAGAAUUUGCGGAAUGGAUGCCAGAUGGAGCUGAUUCCUCCAGGAAAGUAGUCGGACGUGUUGCGGACUUUUUUGUGCUUCGUGCGGGAUCCGGGGUGAUCCAUUCGGGCAUGUCAGGAUCACACGGAUAUCUGUGUAGGUAAAUAAGAGCAUCAGCCCUUUGGAGACGUGUCAGUUCAUCUCAAUUUGACAAAAAAAAAAAAAAUUGCUGGUAUGGCUGAAAAGCCCCUAGAGCCAGGAUCGGUCUCCAUCCCCAUGGAAGUGACCAAGCGGACGGGAGGAGCCCCUCCGGAAGCCAUGUUGACCCACCUGAAGAAAGUGGAAAACCAUAUCACAGAGGCGCAGAGGUUCUCACACCUGCCCCGGCGCUCGGCUGUAGACCUGGAGUUCACCGAGCUUUCCUACACUAUUCACGAGGGCCCCUGCUGGAAGAGGAGAGGUUGCAAGGCGCUCCUGAAGUGUUUGUCAGGGAAGUUUUGCAGCCGAGAGCUCAUCGGGAUUAUGGGGCCUUCUGGGGCCGGCAAGUCCACCCUCAUGAAUAUUCUUGCUGGCUACAGAGAGACUGGCAUGGAGGGUCAGAUCCUGGUAAACGGGCGACCACGUGACCUCCGUACCUUCAGAAAGAUGUCCUGUUACAUUAUGCAGGAUGACAUGCUGCUGCCACACCUCACCACACGGGAGGCCAUGAUGGUUUCAGCCAACCUUAAGCUAAAUGAGAACGUGGAAGUGAAGAAGGAACUGGUGAAUGAGAUCCUCACUGCUCUAGGCCUGCAGGAGAGUGCACACACUCGUACACAAGCUCUCUCCGGAGGUCAGCGUAAACGAUUGGCUAUUGCACUGGAGCUGGUCAACAACCCCCCUGUCAUGUUCUUCGAUGAGCCAACCAGUGGUCUAGACAGUGCAUCCUGUUACCAGGUGGUCUCUCUAAUGAGGUCUCUUGCCCUGGGUGGAAGAACCAUCAUCUGUACCAUCCACCAGCCCAGUGCUAAACUCUUCGAGAUGUUUGACAAGCUGUAUAUUCUGAGUCAGGGGCAGUGCAUAUAUAAGGGCACAGUCCCGUACCUCAUUCCCUAUCUGAAGAACCUCGGUCUCCACUGCCCUACUUACCACAAUCCUGCAGACUUCAUAAUCGAGGUGGCAUCAGGAGAGUAUGGUGAUCUGAAUCCUGUGCUCUUCGAGGCAGUGCAGGGUGGCAUGUGUUCAGAAGAUGGCAAGAAGAACUCUAGUGACAAGAAUGAUCCCACAUCGUCCUGCCCAUCUCAGUGUUACAAUGAUUCAGGACACAUUGAAAAACAUACCUUUGCCACCAGCACGCUCACACAGUUCUGCAUUCUUUUCAAAAGAACCUUUAUCACUAUAUGCAGAGACAUGGUGUUGACCCACCUGAGGGUGAUGUCGCACUUGUCUAUUGGAGUUCUGAUCGGUCUGCUGUACCUGAACAUCGGCAAUGAUGCCAGCAAAGUGUUCAACAACACCGGAUUCCUCUUCUUCUCCAUGCUCUUCCUCAUGUUUGCCGCAUUAAUGCCCACUGUCCUCACAUUUCCUCUGGAGAUGUCAGUGUUUAUAAGGGAGCACCUGAACUACUGGUACAGUUUAAAGGCCUACUACCUAGCCAAGACCAUGGCUGACAUUCCAUUCCAGAUUAUAUGUCCCAUACUGUACUGUAGUAUAGUUUACUGGAUGACAGAGCAGCCUCCAGAAGCGGGCCGAUAUCUACUUUUCAUGGCUCUGUCCACCUCCACUGCCCUGGUGGCUCAGUCUCUGGGCCUCCUCAUCGGAGCUGCUUCCACCUCCCUGCAGGUGGCCACAUUUAUAGGGCCAGUGACAGCCAUUCCAGUCUUGCUUUUCUCUGGCUUCUUUGUCAACUUCGACACCAUCCCAAAAUACCUACAGUGGAGCUCCUAUGUCUCCUAUGUCAGGUAUGGCUUUGAGGGUGUGAUCCUAUCCAUUUAUGGUAUGAAUCGAACAGACUUGGAGUGCCCAGGCAUUGUCUGUAAGUUCCAGAAGCCUGAGGAGGUGUUGCAGCUGCUGGAUGUAGAAGACGCGAAGCUCUACGUGGACUUCAUGGUGUUAGGGGUUUUCUUCCUCAUUCUUCGGUUUGCCACUUAUCUAGUGCUGCGCUACAAAGUCAAGUCCGAACGCUAGGGCUUGACAUCAGCUACUACACUUGUUUUAGUUUGUACAAACACACAUUGACUUUAUGUUUUGGAUCACCAUUAUGUUGUGGAGGCAAACCUGUGCAAUGUUCACCAAACUCUUCAUUCAACACAAAUGGAUUUUUUUGCACAUUGACUUUCCUUUCAAGAUUUUUUUAUUACUUCAGUUUCUUUCAAUUACAUAAUCACAUGUGACAGCACAGGGUCAAUAGUGCCAAUAGAGAACUUGGUGUUUUUUUUUAUGCUUAUUUAAGUUAACGAUUUUUCCAGUCUUAUUUCAUGCAAAGUUCUUGUAUUAGAUACAGUAUAAAAUGAUGACCAAAUUCUUAUUAUAAAUAAGAAGCAUGAAGGUUGGUGAAUGAAGUUGGACCUACAGAGAAACAUCUGUUCCAACUGACAAUCUCUAACUUGCCCUGUAUAUUGUGGACUCUCCUAAUGUGAACAGGCUUAAAUAUGUACAAGACAGUAUAUGAGCAAGUGCCUGUAAAACAGCCAAAAAAAAAAAAAAAGCUCCCUUAAACCACCAUUCUACUCAACAUUCUUCUGUUGGCUCAGUUUCCAAAUUGUACUUUUGCAGUAACUGAAUACAAACCGAGUUGUCCUGCACUAUCACUGUAUUGCCCUUGGUCUGGAAACUCUAAUCAGCGUACUGAUGAGCCCAUGUUUGUCAUUUCAACUAUGUUUUUCCUUGGACACAUAAAGCAGCACUAUCUCACCUUGACCUACUGAAGUACAUCUAACAAGGGACAAUGAGUCUGCUUAGUUAGAUCUGUCAUCCACGGAUCUGAGGAACUACAACUACUAAGUGCUCCUCAUGUGAGCUACCUUAGAAUGGGAAAUGGGAAGUAGCUUACUGGAUUUACACAAGUUUUGUUCGUCAUGUGAACCUGUCACAUUUUUUGACUUCUCUUUUAAUUCAAUUUCCAAAAGUGAAGGACAUGGGGUGAUCUUAUGCUUUUUCAUAUUUUCCCAUAAGUUCAUCAUGAUGGAUUACUGGACAAUGCAUAUGAUCCUGUUUUAGUAUGAAAAACGUGACUCGCUGCCUACACUGAACCUGAUGCUAAAGAAGUUGUUGUGAAUGGGAAAUCUGAAAUACAGUGUAAAGAACUUUUCCUUAAUUUAGGAAAAAGAAACCAGAAUUUCAGUGGAAUCAUCUUGACCUCUUAGGAAUAUCUACUGUUAGCUUUCCUCUGUGGAUGGAAGAAAUGGAUGAGGAAACAAUGCAUUCCUAACCUUUCCUGUAGUUUAUGAGUAUGUGUGUAUCCUGCUGGAGUUCAGACUCCUGAAUCUGCCGUGUUUGAAACGUAAACAUGUAAACUUGUAAAGAAGUUUAAACAUGUAAACUUCUCAGUAUCAUGUCUGCCAUCAGCUCUACUGUCAGCUCACCAGACCGUGUGUUAUCAAAAUGCUGGAUGGACAGUCUGUGCCACCUGAUGGCUUAUUGUAUACUGCUUGAUGGACUUUAAUGCCUAUUAGAGCACCUCCCUAUACACUUAAGUGUAACUGCUUACUUUAUUCAGUCUCUUCAAUACUGCAAUGCAAUGCAAACAUCAUACUUGAUGAUGGACACGAUAUGGCUCUGAUUCAUGCUAUGUGUUAUGUCUGCUAAUAUACGUAAUUAUAAUAACCUGAGUAUAUAUACACAACAAAUGUAGAUGUGCAAUGCUGAUCUUUUUAUUUGAGAUUAAUUUGUAUUUAGUUUUAUUUUUAUAUGACUAUGAUGUGCAGUGCUAGAGAUAAGUAACGUGCAUGGUGACAUCGGAAUCAACUACAUAUAGGAAUUCAUGUUACUCAUGAGUUAUUUCCACACUUAUAUACUUCACACUUUUUUUUAAAUUAACUAGACUGUUCUAUUUUUUGGUUGUUUGUAUAUUUGUUUUAGCCAUAUUCUAAUCAGAGUAUCCUGUCAUUUCCAUGAGUAAAUUGGAUAUACUGAUGCAAGUGGUAUGAAAAAAUCAAAAGGAGGCAAACACGAAGGAGAUAUCAUCACCAUUACUGCUAGCACAUAUUACUUACUGUAGUGAUGAUUGCUCUUGUCCUAGUACAAUCUCUACAUGCUGCUGCCUCAAACACAGCUUUAAAGAUAGACUCUGAGGGCCAGUGUGCAAUAAAAGCGUGAGGGGAAACUUGGAUAAUGUAUCCUGAUGAAAUCAAGGUUGUAGUGCACAUGCAAGAUUAGGUUUGCCUUUUUUGUCAUAUAGUUUUGACUGAGUAUGACCAGGUCUCAAUGAAAAUAAUGCUUUAGAAAUGGGAUCACUCCUUAAACGGAUACAAUAGCAAUCUGGUUUCUGUAAAAUCAAUACUCAUUAUUGUAAGGGUGCCAGGCAACUAACAGCUUACUCUCUUCCCUAAUCUUUAGUGUUAAUGGGCAGGGCUGAAGAGCCAGAAGUGGUCCCUCACUGGAAAUGUAGUAAGAGAUUAAAGAAUACGGUGUUUAAUGUCUCUGUAGAAUAGAGAGUUGGGUAAAACCUGAUUCUAAUAGCAAUAGUAUUGUUCUGUGCCUAGUGCGUGUUAUAUCUUCUUCUCCAAUAUAUCAUGGUAUUUCCAGUGAUUGUCUGCCAUUUCUAUAUGAUAACAUUGUAUUUCAAGUUCUACAAUGUCACACACACAUCACAUGUCCAACAACAGGUUCGUAACAAGAGAUGCUUUCAUGGCAAAUCAUUUCUCAUGUGUCAAUCAUAUCAUACAUCUGGACAGAUACAUUGUUAAUGACACAUCUUUUCCGGUUCUUUGCUGUAGCAACACCACAUCAGUGUCACUUUUUGUUGCAGAUGCAGUGUGCAUGCCAUGAAAACAGCAUACAAUGUCGUAAAAAUUCUCUUCAGUCAGAAAAAGAUAUGCUGAUGACCACUGCAAUAUCGAAAUUAAAAAAAAUGAAUCGUAUUUUGAUUUUGUAGGUGAGAGCCAUUCUGGUUUGGGAUGGCUUGCACAGCUGACUGUGAAAACAGCAUGCACAGAAAAGAAGAUUUCUCACAUUUGUUUCCCAGUUGUUUAUCUUUGCUUUAUUCUGUUAUGUUUGUCUCAUCAGAAAUGCAAGUUAUAUAUACUGGACUCUGUUCAAAUUAUUACAAUAAAUGCAUUUAUAUAUUA